UGACUCAACACUGAAAAACAGGAAGCACUGCUAAUCAUUUUUGUGUGUGUCUUAUCGUAGAGAAGACACAGACGGUACAUUCCCACCAAAACUAAAACAUCCACUGAGAAAGGACAGUUGCAGGAGGAAACUCUGGAUAUACUGGAAUACUGAUUUCCUGCACUUUAACCUGCUGUUUCCACAUAACGAACUGGAAGAGCUACGACUCAAAGUGAAAGUAACUUUCAAGAACGUUCUUCAGUGACUGACUUCCUGUGUUUUCAGCUUUACUCAAAGACAAAAUGUCAUCUAGAUCAGAGGAGGAUCUCUGCUGUCCGGUCUGCCAAGACAUCUUUAAAGAUCCUGUUGUCCUAUCAUGUAGCCACAGCUUCUGUAAAGCCUGUUUACAGAGAUGGUGGCGAGGGAAACAAACACGUGAGUGUCCGUGCUGUAAGAGAAGAUCCUCCAAGACUGAUCCACCUCGUAACCUGGCUUUAAAGAACCUGUGUGAGGCUUUUUUAAAGGAGAGAGAUCAGAGAGGUGCAGCUGAGUCUGAGAUUCUCUGCAGUCUGCACUCUGAGAAACUCAAACUCUUCUGUCUAGAACAUCAGCAGCCAGUGUGUGUCAUCUGUAGAGAUUCAAAAACACACAACAACCACAGAUUCAGACCCAUCGAUGAAGCUGCACAGGAUCACAGAGAGGAGCUCCAGAAAUCCCUGAAACCCUUACAGGAGAAACUGAAGCUCUUUGAAGAAGUUAGAGGAAACUGUGACCAAACAGCAGAACACAUUAAGGUCCAGGCCCGAAACACAGAGAAGCAGAUUAAGGAGCAGUUUAAGAAGCUUCACCAGUUUCUACAAGAGGAAGAGGAGGCCAGGAUCGCUGCUGUGAGGGAGGAAGAGGAGCAGAAGAGUCAGAUGAUAAAGGAGCACAUUGAGGCUCGGAGCAGAGAGAUAGCAGCUCUUUCAGACACAAUCAGAGCCACAGAGGAGGAGCUGAGAGCUGAAGACGUGUCAUUCCUGCAGAACUACAAGGCUGCAGUGGAAAGAGUCCAGAAGCGCCCCCUGCUGGAGGAUCCAGAGCUGAUCUCAGGAGCUCUGAUAGACGAGGCCAAACACCUGGGCAACCUGACCUUCAACAUCUGGAACAAGAUGAAGGAGAUGGUCUCCUACACUCCUGUGAUUCUGGAUCCAAACACAGCAGACCCAGAACUUGUUGUGUCUGAAGAUCUGACCAGCGUGAAAUGUGGAGAGAAACGGCAACUUCCAAAAAACCCGAAGCGGACCAAAUUCCCCUGCUCCAUCCUCAGCUCUGAAGGCUUUGACUCAGGGACUCACAGUUGGGCCGUUGAGGUUGGAGAAAACAAGGACUGGGAACUGGGCAUAUUGGGAGAGUAUAUCAGGAUAAACGAGCGCCUACAGACUGGACUGUGGAGAAUUUUGUUCUCUAACGGUAAAUUCACAGCAUUCUCCACGUCAGAUCAAGAGAAAGCUCUGCCAGUGAAAAAGAAGCUCAGGAGGAUCAAAGUUCAUCUGGACUUUGAUGGAGGAAAGUUGUCAUUCUCAGAUCUUGAUACUAACACACACAUACACACCUUCACACACACUUUCACUGACACUCUGUUUCCCUACAUUUACACCGAGAAUCACGUCCCACUGAAGAUUUUACCUGUGAAGGUCUCUGUGACGGUGAAAAAGCACAAUAAGGAAUUAUAAUAAUAAUGUGGGCAACUGUGCAAAUCAAUGAGCAUGGCUGUGUUAAAGCAAAGGUGUUGUUUUAUUUGGUUAUUAUGUAUGCUUGUUACUGAAGGUGCAGAUUAUUAAGCUCAUAAAAUGUCUAGGAUGGAAAGAUUUUUAGGAAUAGUGUGCUAUGACUUUUGGUAGCGAUGCUGCAAAUCGUUUAUGCAAAAUUACAGAACAGAUUUUUUAUAGCAAACAAUGGGAAAUGCAAGGUAUGAUCGAGCCAACUACUAAGAUUCAUCGUAGUGUACAUGAUAAGGUUUUAUUAUGCAUUUAUAGUUUUGCUCUGUGCUCUGUUACUUUGCUUUGUGGUAUAGAGUGACUGCAGAAUAUUUGCUUUGGAGAUGUCUAUGUUAGAUGUGAGUUACUAAAAAGGAGUCUUUCAGUACUUAAUUUGCCUUGUGUUCACUUGCAACAAUCUCCACCAGCAUCAGAAACUUGUAGGAGAAAUACAAGCAGGCCGAGCUGAUCGAAAUCAGUUCUUGUUGCCUCCACAACAUCUACAGUGCUAACACAUCUAACACAUUACAUACAAAAUUACAAACAUAUAUUUAUUAAUUUCCCGAAAUGAAAUACUGUAUACUGUGAUGAAGGAUUUUACCCCACCACCAGGUUAUGAUGAUUACAUAUGAUUAGGGGGCGACUGAAAUGGGUUUUUCAAUGGCCAAUGCCGAUGUUUGGAGGACAGGUUAACCGAUGGCCGUCAUAUAAUGCCAAACCAAAGAAAAGUCUUGUAUAAUUCCAAUAUUCCAUGCAGAGUACAACCUAAUAUUCAUGUUACCUUAACCAGUAACAUGUUGUUUUAGAUGGAAUUUGUAUUAAUUAAUACAACAGAAAAAUACAUUGGGUUUAAGGGAGAGUGGGGUACAUUUGUCAGAAGUGACAUCAUUUAACUGCAUAUUCUCUACAGUAUAACAAUAUAUAUUCAAUGCUAGCCAGUAGCAAGUAAUAGUUUUAUGAUUGGUAUUUUGUCUUAACACAAAACAGCUGACUUAAAAUGAAAUAUACUGUCCAAAACUUGCAAAAUGAUGGGGUUAGUAGGGUUUUAGAUUUUGGGCUAUACAAAUAAAAUUUGAUUAAAACUUUUUAUGAAUCUGACCAGACAAAAGUUCAUACUAAAGACACAUUUCAGUGGGUACUUUUUUAUUGAUAUUCAAUACCCAGGGUCUACUCAAAAGCAAGUGAUGCUCCUGGGACUCCACAGGGCUGAUCGUGACGAUGCUGAUUAACAUUAUGGUAUGAUGACGAAGCGGUAAGAGGUGUAAGUAAGUUUAAGGUGGUGGUGGUGAGGAUCACAUUGUUAACACUGAAUUCUGAACAGUAUGUAAAGUAGUGAUUAUGGUGAUAAAGCUGUGACGAUGUUUUUACAGAUAUCUUUACUUUCUGUGUUGUAUUUCCUUUUAAAAAGGUCCAGUGUGUAAUAUUCAGGAGGAUCUAUUGACAGAAAUGCAAUAUAAUAUACAUAACUAUGUUUUCAGUGGUGUAGAAAGACCUUACGUAAUGAACCGUUGUGUUUUCAUUACCUUAGAAUGAGCCAUUUCUGUCUACAUACACCGCAGAGAAGGAAGAAGUAAUAGUAGUAUUAGUAAUAAUUACUGACAAAAAUGAAUGCAAUGAUUUAUAUCGAUUAUUCUGAACGUUUGCGCCCCAAACAUUCGUGUCCUUUUAUUCACUCUGCAUGUCACAAUGUUUGCGGGUGCGGGCGGGAGUGGAUACAAAAUCAGCGGGAGCAAGAAAACAGUCCCGCGCAGGGCUCCAGACCACACGUUUUAUUUAGCACAAGAGCCGCCAGAGUGUGUCGGCAACCGUAGCGUCUCCUACAUGCUUGGAACGGGAGGGGUGAACAGUGAGUGAGCCAUUGGUUGCGAUUCGCAACCCUCACCACUAAAGCCACUAAAUUGGACAGAACAGGCAGAAUAGUGGUAUUACAAUGUAACAGUGUGAAUUUCAACAAAACUAACAAAAUGCUAGUUAUAAAUGAAUUUCUGUCAUAGACACCAAGUCCAUAUCUUGUUGCAGUUUCUUUGUAUUAUUCUUAUUGUGGGACCAAUAAAAAUUAUGAAACAGUUUACACUGA